CCAGGCAGCCUGCACCUUUUAGCUGGAGGGAGAGCCCACGGAAAGUUCAGUGUUCAGAGCCUGGGCGAUAUCAGCACAGUGUGGCCUCUGGUCCCUGGGCCGGAUAGAUGAUUAACCAGCACUGACUGCGAUAGAAGAAUGAAUCAGAGCCAGAGGAGUCAUGGCUGCCUUAACAUGGGGACGGACCGUGAUUUGUGUUAGUGGAUUUUGGGGGGCUACACAGCUGGGGCGGCCAACUAAAGUCUGGGUAGACGUGAGUUUGACCUUUGUUUGACUUCAGUUACACCUAUUUGUAGCUUCCUGUGUGGUUGAUUGAGGCGUCAGUAGUGUCGCAGCCACAUUGUCCUUACUUAUUUCCUGUUGAGUUCUGCUGGAACCCAUACCCAUAGCUUUCCGAGGUGACCUGCAUCUUUAGUCUUUCACAGUGGACUGGCCUUGAGGGGUUGUAAUAAGUAUUAGUUGUUUGUUCCCCCAUUGUAUACCUCAUGGAGAUCAUGGAUGAGGAGGAGAAGGAUUGGAAAGUGCUUGAGCCUUCCUUUUCUGUGAAGGUCUUCCUUACAGUGCUCUACAGUGUCAUCUUAAUACUGGGCAUUAUUGGCAACAGCGUGACCAUUCGCACCGCAAAUGUUCUAAGAUGCAAAGGGUACCUGCAGAAAAACGUGACAGACCACAUGGUGAGCCUGGCGAGUUCGGACCUGCUGGUUUUGCUCAUCGGUAUGCCGGUCGAGCUCUACAGUGCCACCUGGUACCCCUUCAUGUCCGCAUCAGGGGACGCCUCCUGCAAGAUCUACAACUUUCUGUUCGAGACAUGCAGCUACGCCACCCUCCUGAACGUGGCCACGAUGAGCUUUGAGCGCUUCAUGGCCAUCUGCUACCCAUUCCGGUACAAGUCGCUGUCCGAGAGGCGCACAGGCUUUCUCAUCCUCUUCGCGUGGCUGACCUCGGUGCUGGUGGCCCUGCCGCUGCUUGUCGCCACAGGAAUGCAGGGGCACAUCCGUGAGAAGGACGGCCUGCCCGCUCAGAACCUGACCUUCUGCACCAACCUGUCAGAGCACUGGGUCAUGUACAAGGCCAGCAUCUCCGUGGCAUUUGUGGUGUAUGUCGUGGUGCUGGCCUUGGUGGCGUUCAUGUGCCGGAGCAUGAUCAAGGUGAUCAAGGAGGCAGCGGGGAACGUGUCCAAGACUGAGAGUGCACAGGUCAAAGCCGCCAGGAAGCAGACCAUCAUCUUUCUGGGCUUGAUAGUCUUAGCAUUGGUCAUCUGUUGGUUCCCAAACCAGGUUCGACGCCUCAUGACCGUGGCCCGCCCGAAAAAAGCCUGGACAAUGGAUUAUUUACGUAGCUAUGCCACUCUGCAUCCGGUAGCCGACACCUUCUUCUACCUUAGCUCCGUGGUCAACCCUUUUCUCUACAACCUGUCGUCGAAGCAGUUUCGUGCGACAUUUCUCCAGGUGUUCCUGUGUCGCCCUACCGUGGAACAUGUGAACCGCAGGGCUCUGUCAACACCCUGGACACCCAAGUCCUCAAUGCAUCCCCUUGUGCCAAAGUCACGGCGCCAAAAGAAUUCUUCACAAGAUGGAAGACCUAAGGAAGAGGAGCCAUGCAACACACAACAGAAUGACAGUGGUGUCGUUGUAACGAGCUCUGCAUGCUUAUCAGACCAAGAGUGUAUUGAAUUGCAUAAUGGAGCUACACAUUUAGGCAAGUCGGAAAGUGAGAUCUAAAGCAAAGUGAACAAAACAUGAACUUGUCAUAUUGUCGCACACGUGUUUAACAUUUCUAUUUUUGUCUAUUAAGAUGUUUGAUGGUCUUGUAUUAUACAGUUAUAUUAAUGUGGAGUUUUGAUUAAAGAUAUAGUUUCUAUUGUGA